UGAUGAGUGAAGCCGUCUGCCGGUGUCGGGUUCAGGUAUCGAGAUGUUCCACAAGUCUCUGGACCGGGCCGAGGCCGGCGAUAACCUGGGCGCUCUGGUUCGAGGCCUGAAGAGGGAAGACGUGAGGAGAGGGAUGGUGAUGUGUAAGCCGGGGUCCAUCAUGCCUCACCAGAAGGUCAAAGCACAGGUUUAUAUUCUGAGUAAAGAGGAGGGAGGCCGACACAAGCCGAUCGUCACCAACUUCAUGCCCAUCAUGUUUUCCCUCACCUGGGACAUGGCGUGUAGGAUCGUUCUACCUGCAGACAAGGAAAUGGUGAUGCCAGGAGAGGACAUGUUGAUGAAUCUGACGCUUCGCCAGCCCAUGGUGCUGGAGAAAGGCCAGAGGUUCACUCUGAGAGACGGAAACAAAACCAUCGGUACCGGCCUGGUCACAGAAAUCCUGACCAUGACAGACGAAGAUCAGUUCAACUGGGGCUGAAGGGGAAAAUCCGCAGAGAUGGCGGGGCGGGGGCGGGGAGGGAUCUGUUCGUGGGACGGCUGGGAGUUUGUCGAGUCAGAUGAAUUUAUUCAACAGAAACACAGAAAACUGAAAUAAAAGCUGAGAUAACACAGAAAAAAACGCAAGCAUGUGUUAAGCAGUUCCUCUCAACCAAAAUACCUAUAAUGUGCAACUUAGACUGUAUUGGUCAAAAUGGUCAUUUGUGUAAUAAAAUGUAUUUAAUAAUAAAACUGC